AAGAAACGGAUAUAUUAGCGAUUCGCUGCAGGGCGCCGCUGCAGUCCGUCCGUCCGUCCGUCCGGCAUGUCUUGUUUACGGCGGGUUACGAAUACAGACCCACGGUCAAGUUGAAGGCUUUAGAAUAAACUUGCCGUCCCUGCUUUUAGAAAAAGACCUGCAGGAAAAGGAGAAAGACGCUGAGUGAAAGAGAGCAAAUGGGAUGUUGACUUUCCCCUCUGACUUGCUCUCCCAAGUAGUUUGUCCAAUGGAUGAAGAUGCUAUUCCCCCAGUUCCCGUGUGUAGUGCCCCCCCCCUCAGUGAACCUCCGUCACCUUUCCUCUCCCUUUCCUCCGUCACCCCCAGCUGUGCUCAUGAUGGACCGUCUGGACACCGGAGGAGCGGCCGCAUCCAGGACAUCAGAGCCAGAACCCCAAAAGAGCUGGACUGUGCAAACAGCCAGGCUGCCCAGAGACAAUCUGGACCGAAUCCGUCCUCCACAAAGAGGCAAAGAGAAGCGGCAAACAUGGUACAAGCAUCACAGUCAAAGCUGCAGAGAGGAGGAAGAACACGUCUACAUGAGGAACCAAACAAAGUUGGGUUUUCUAUCAGAUUUACAGCAGAGCACCAAAAUGAGUGGAAAAACUCAAAAAGCACAGAGAGCGAGAACAUUGUCUCUCCUUUGGAGGAAGCAUUUGUAGAGCAGACGAUGCAAAUCCCUGAUGAUACCAAAUCUGAAAUGGACGCAUACCAGGAGUUACCUGAAAUGGACGCAUGCGAGGAUUUUGCUGGCAGAGACCUUGGUGAAGACGCCUCGGUCUCGAAGGGAUGGGUGAUCGGCCCGUUCUUUCAGUCCCUAAAAUCAAAGAUGGCUAGCUUCAGUGAGAUCGUCAUGACUCCUGUUAAGCUCUUCAGAGCCACCAGUCCUCUGACCGCGGACGACGUGACUGACGUCGACGCAUCGGAGAAAGGCGAUAAGUAUCAAACAGAAGCACAAACUCUUGUUGACUCUGGGGAAACAAAAGGUGAGAUAAGCAUCGCACCCAAAAAAUCUAAAAAACUGCAGUUCAAUGAAUCAGUAUGCAGGACUACAUGCGGUUUUGAAGGUGCAAUAAGUGGGGGAGAUGAAAACUUACCUGACAUUGUGCCUUUGGUUUGUGUUGCUUCCGAAGAAGCCGGCGAACCGUCUGGCUCCUCUUUCCUGUUACGUAAAAGUGCCUCGCAUGAGUCAGACCUAAACGUUUACACUGUGGAGGGCCAGAAAGGCAAGCUGUCCAUCGUAAAACCACUCUUAAGACGAGACACAGGAAAUGGAUACGAGUCGGUUGAAAUUAAAGACAGAAAUCAACUUCAGCUCGACGGCCUCGCCACAAACAAAAGUCCACUGAAGCCUUCUUUUGAUGCAGAACAGAUGGAGUGCCAACAAAUCCCCGAGAUGUGUUUGGUGUCAGAGUUUGCAAGAGCAAAGAGGGGGCUGAAGCCGAACUGUGUUUCCCAAGACGUGAAGAGGAAAAAGAUGAACGUGGCUUCAGGAGGCAACGUGAUAAAGGAUCCAAGAACGCAGAGAAAGAGAGGCGCAGAUGAGACGAUGAAACCGGAUAAUAAAAGGCAGGUGGCGUCGACAAGAGCGAAUGCAAAAGCAAAAAAUGAACAGGACAGGAAGGAUUGCCUGGAGAAAAGCAGCAGUGAGUCGCACAACAAUUCAAAGUGCAAAAAAGCCAAGCCCAGUAGUUCCUGCAAACGGAUCCCGAUGAUAUCCAGCAAUGAUAAUCUUAUGGAUGUGGAAACUACCGUGCCUAACCCGACUGCAGAACAACCAGUGAAAAAGCAGUUGUCUGUAGUUCUUGUCCAUCCCGAUGAAAAGGAAAUCCCACACGCAACCAAGUGUGGGAACGCAAAUAAGAAGCAAUUAAAACGCAAACAGCCAAAUCACAGGAGUUUAGAAGUGGAGAGCAGUUCGGUGUCUGCCUCGUCGCAUGAUGGGCCGGAACCGAUGAGCACGGGUUUUAAAAGCGAAGAUGCACCAACCGGAGGAGCGAACCAGCCGUCCAAGAGACUCAAGAACAGCCUGAGGAGCGCCGUUAAGUUCUCGGUCUUAGCCAAAGAGCGAGAGAAAACCAAAGAGAGCCAGUCAAAAAAUGGCAGAGGUAAAAUCUCCGUUGACAAAGUUAUUUUUGGAAGUGAUCCCCAACUUCCUCUGGUCCAUCUUGGAUUCUUAAACGAGGAAGAUACAGCUGUUACGGAAAAUGAACAGAGGAGUUCUGCCACCAUGACAGGCGAAACUUUUCUCAAAGCCUCUGAAAUCAGUAACUGUAAUCCGAGGCUGAGCAUCAAGCUCGUUAACGCUAGGCGAAGGAGGAAAGAUCCCCAAAAGAGGAGAUGCCAGGUUCUGCAUAGCAGGAUGUGUAAAACCGAGGAGGGAUCCCGGUCCGUCACGGUGGAGGACGCAGACCUGGCCGCAACGCGCACGCGCUCUUCAGAAACCAACGUCUGCAGACGACUGUCGCGCAGCUACUCAUGCCCAGACGUUCUCAUCCUCCAUCACGACGACUCGCCCUGGGUUUCCCCUCCGUAUUCGCCGCACCACCGGACUCAUGCUACGCCCCAUCACCAUGGUAACUUAACCUCCCACACACAGAGGUCACUGCGGCGGGCGCGCCGACACACGGUGUGCAGUGUGGAGGUGGAGAGGGAGAUCGCCCCUCUCUGUCUUCGGAAGGAGGUGUAUCCGUCCAGAAGAUCUGCUUCCUAUGACCCCAUGACCCACAACCUUUCACCUGCUCAUGUGCAUUCUCCCUGCAGCUCCCUCACUGCUCUCGCCUCCUGUUUCCUUUCAAGCCCUCUCGCUUUCCUUUCCAAGAAAUCUGACUGCAGGGCAACUUCUGCCAAUGCCGCCACUUCCAGUCGAGUUCCCUCGCCGCCCCCUUCCUCUUCCUGCUCCACCGCUUGGCAUUCCCCAGGUUUCACUUUAGGAUCUUGUUCUGCUGCUUCCUUGGAUCCCAGUGAGAAUCCGGCGCCGUACGAGGCGGAGAGAAGGCAGCAGAGCGAAGAGGAGGAUGACGGCGAAGACACCAGCUCUUCCAGUCAGGAGUUUGAAGACGCUGGGCUGAGAGAGGAAAAAGCUCUGUCUGACUCUGAAAUUAGAGUUGUCAAGAAACAUGAAGAACAAAAAAAGGUUUCGUCCAUCCGCAUUCGGAAAACGUUACCAAAACCUCAGACCAACCUGACACCCAUGGGUCUGCCCAAACCAGUCCGGGUGAAGAAGAAAGACUUCAGUUUGGAAGAAAUUUACACCAAUAAGAAUUUCAGCAAACCGCCAGAAAGCCGCCUGGAAACCAUUUUUGAGGUGCCGCUCAACCGCAAGAAUGGGUCCGAGUCCUGGUUUGGCCCGAGGCGUGUCAAACGGUUUUUGGAGUUCCUGGAAGUGGGCGAGGCCAGAAAGCCAAAGAAACCUCUGGUUGGUGUCGGAAAGACGGGUCCGUCCUCGUCCAGGCCGAGACGAGGCGGCUUCCCCAAAGACGAGCCGUCCCUCAGCGUCCAGGAUGUGGACUCCCUGCUGUGCUCCAAGCUGGACGAGUUGAAUUUGUGGCUGAUCCAUGAUCGGCGCGAUGAAAGGGAAACGGACAGUGCUGAUCCUGUAAGUGCGAUCAUGACGUAAUGCCGCGCCGGUCCGUGUUUAAAUGUUGUGGAAAAACUCCAGUUAAAUAAAUCUGUAGCAUUUGUAGCCUGCAAGAUGAAGAACUGUGCAUCACAGAACAAAAAUGUCGACUUGGAGAAGUUAUUUAUACACAUUUGUACAGAUUGUUUUAUUUAUUCCACAGUCAGACUGCUCUUAUUGGUAAAACUCUUAAAAUAAAUAAAACAAAUUAUCCUUGAUAUUUUGUACAGUAUUAUCACUCAUUUUUUGAUAGUUUUGUUCUCUAAUUUGUAUUAUUGUUCUGAAGUGAGGUUUUCAUCUCCUUCCAGCAUCGAGGUAUAAUGGCAGCUAUUUGUUUUUCUAUUAAAGGCUAUAUACAUAUAUAACUUUUAAAGAUGCCAGCAAGAGAUUUGUAAGUACAAUAAACUUUGUUUGUAAAUAAGUUUUUUUUCUUUUUUUUAAAAGUACAAUCAAAUAAGUUUCCAGCAAUUGGACUACGCUUUACUCAGCUCAGGGCGGAAACCGAUCAAUUAUUUGGGUUUGAAAUUUUCCAUCUAUGGCCUUUUCUUGUUUUUUCCACUGAAAUGCAUGGAAAAGUGGGCGUGUCAACAGCCAAGUUUAUACAUAUUUUUGUGUACAUAAAUGCAUAAUAACUGUAGCUGUUUGUUGCUGUAAAUGAGGUUGCCUUAACUGUAAAACUUUUGUUAGAAUUAAUCAUCCAACUUCAUGUUUAAAAACAUGUUUUAUUAUAAAAUACAUCGUUUGUAUAAAAGUACAGGACAUGUAUACAUUUAAUAAUAAAAUACAGGUAAAGUAACAAUGCAAUAAUGCCAAGAUGAUGUCAUUUUGAAGCACUGCCAUAAUAAUAAUGCCAUUUGUUUUUAUUAUUUCUCAAAGCUCAAAAUGUUUUAUCUACUCUUGUAUUUGUGAUUUUAGUAUAUACAGUAACAAUUCAUACAUUUCUUUUAAUAAUAAACUAUAUUGAGGAAUGA